AUGGUCGCUCGCUACCUCUUUAUCCUCACCUCUCUCAUCGCCAUCAACAUCCUACCAGUCUCAGCCUUCUUCCCAGCACAAUGGAAGGAGGACUUUGCAGGCAACGGAGGCAUCUCCCAUGAAGACAUGACAAGAGUUGCCUUUGAAGAUCGGGCCUAUCUCUACUUUCCAUCCAUCACCACAAUCUCGAGCAAGAUGCGCGCGGCGUGCAAAGAGAUUCAGCAGGCAAACAUGGAUGUCGACGAUGAUCAAGACCACGCUCAUAAGCAUUGCGAUGGGGAAUCGUUUGUCGAGGCACAGUCGCGUAUUCAAGAUCUCAAGAAGGAGGCUAUAGGGGCUCUUUUGGCUCUUCCCCCUGAUGUGGCCAAGGCUAGGAAGGCCGUUGGCGAGGCGCUUCAUACGAUUCAGGACUUUUACUCGCACAGCAACUGGGUGGAACUUGGAAACACAGAGCCCAACUCGGAUCUCAUCCGCAACAAACCGAUGACAUCGUACAUGUCCACGCCAGAUCAACGAAGCUGCUGGGACUCGGACUGGCCUAUUCCUUGUAAGGGUAUUCAUUGCGAGGAAAACACCGAUGGCUUUCCCAAACUUACGAGCGGUUACUAUCCUGGUGAGGACGUUUUGAGCCCCGGGAACUGGAAGUGCCGUCAUGGUGGCUUCGCAGACAAGGCGUACCCGGGCAUCAACAAGGAUAGCAACAACUGCUGGUGGUCACCGCACUCUGAUCUGCACUUCAAGGCGGCCGAGUUGGCGAUGCAAGCUACGAUGCAAUUCUUCGAUGAUAUCAAGGAUGACACGAGCGGUGCUCCGAAAGCGUUGCGUCUUCUCUUUGGUGUCCCGACUCUGGCCUUUGCUAUCGACACGACUGGUAGCAUGGAAGAUGUCAUCGACGCUGUCCGCACUCAAGCCCUCCAAAUUGCAGAAAGUCUGUCAGGUACAGAUAACGAGCCUGGUCUCUACGUUCUCUCCCCUUUCAACGACCCUAGCACGGGUCCGUUGACCGUGACGACGGACCUUGCUGCGUUUGAGGAUGCCAUCAGCAAUCUUGGUGCUGCUGGUGGCGGUGACUGUCCUGAGUUGGCAUUCACAGGUAUGCUGGCAGCCGUGGACGUGAUGGACGUCGACUCAGGUCUUCUACUCUUCACAGACGCAGACGCCAAAGAUUCAAAUCUCAUGUUGCAGCUACUAGCCAAGGCUCAGGAGAAGCGCAUCAGCAUCAGUGUCUUUACAUACGCCUCAGACUGUGAAGACAGCGCCAUGAAGAGAUCGACCAUAGUCAAGAGAGCCGACAAUGCAUAUGGUCAAAUCUGUGCCGGCACAGGUGGGUUGUACCGCACAGGACCAAGGUCAGAAGUUGCCAAUGUCACUUCGUUUAUUGAGAAUGUCAUUACGACAGAUCUCGGUACUAUCAUCCGCGUUCAAGACAAGGUAGAUGGAUCUGCCAGGGAGUUUGACGUCCCUGUUGAUUCGUAUAUGACAAAGGUGACGUUUUCUCUCCUGGGAGCGGGCGUCAAAUUGGAGAUUACAACACCAGACGGAAAGCAACUCCAGCUUGAAGGAAUAGGAAUAACCAAGACUAUUCUCGAAGACAGCACGUAUUUAUCACUCUCUUCUCCACCUCCAGGCACAUACAAAGUCACAAUCUCAGGCAAAGGCACCUUUACCUUUCUCAGCUCCGGCGUCUCGACGCUUCAACUCUCAUCCUUCAACUUUGCCAGCAUCCGCGGUCGACCAGGUCAUCGGGGCUGGUACCCAAUGGCCGGGCAGCCACCGUUCGGCAAAGAAGUCGGAGCAAUCGCCGAGGUGGACGGCCGGUUCAAGACUGCCGAGUUUGCAUUCCGAGCCCCCGACUUUACUCGCGUGUCCAGCCUCAACGCCACCGCCGGCUCCGGAGAGCGCGGUUCCCCUCGCAACUCGUCCUUCUUUGCUACGGUCAAAGUCCAGCGCCGGAAUCUUCUGGUGUACGUCUCGGGAGAGGAUGAUAAGGGUAUUCCAUACCAGAGGGCUCUGCCGGCUGUGGUGGUGGCUGAGAACUCCACUGUCAAGUUCCCCAAUGCGACGACUACGCAUGUUGCCACGGCGACUGCUGUUCCUUCAGGGCCUUCUUAUGUUCCGCCUAGUACAUAUCCGACGCCAGCUAUUGUUACGGCGAGUGCGACAGUCCAAUCGGUGUCUUUUGCUGUGGGCUUGGCUGCUGUACUGUUUGCUCUUUUGCUGUAG